CCAGUCGCAAGACGAGCCAAAGCUUCCGUGUACGUACAUUGCUGCUGGAAGCAGGUGUUGCAUUGAUGACGGAAAAUAACGUACCUAUGGAAAAGGGAAAGAGAAGGUAAAUGACUGGCUCAGAUCACGUGCUGUCGCGUAAGUGACGUGUCGGGCGUCAGUUGAAUUUCCAAGAGAAGCUGCGGUUGCCUGAAUUCACCGGGUCACUUAUCAAUCCACAAACUCCAACUUCCGGCACCGCAUCAUAUUGUUGAGCUCAUCCCCGCGCAGCCCAAUAACCCGACACAUUUGAUGAUCAGAAUACGUUAUUCUCUAGCCACUGCGACCUAAGCAGGAAUAAUGUGGCUGCUCGAAAGUGAUAUUUUUGAGGGGAGAAAGCUGUGGUUGCGGCCGGGAAAGCUAUAUCUCUUUGGUCGCACUGCCGCAGAACCUGGUCAACUUGCCAUAUCAGACAAAACGAUCUCUAGGAAGCACAUGACGAUUCAGGUUGACAGUGUUCCCGAGGGCGGCGGUCGUAACAUCCGCACACGCUCUACCAUCACGAUCGAAGACCUCAACUCCAAGAAGGGGACUGUUGUCAAUGGCGUCCAGAUCCGCGGCCAGAAAAAGACACUCACAGACGAUGUGAAUGAAAUCAAGCUGGGUUUGUGCCCUAAAAUGGUCCGGAUUCGCUGGCACCAGGUGGUUCUAAGCUUUUCGUUUACCAACAAAGAGCUUCGCGCAGACCCUUGGGCGAGGCUUCGGGACAGUCUGGAGCAGCUCGACAUCAAGUACUCGGCCGAAUACGAGGCCAGUACUACCCAUGUUGUCUCCAAGAAACGGAAUACUUCCAAAGGGCUUCAGGCACUUAUAAAUGGAAGAUACAUCGUGACCGAUAGCUUCAUUAAUGCUAUUGUGGACGCGGCUACCGUGCCAGCUGAUGCCGAGGAGGGUACAAGCAGCGCUUUGGAGCAGGACUUCGAAGCUGCUUGGCCGAAUCCUACCGAGCAUCUGCCACCCCGAGGUGAGGAGCCGAUAGACCGGCCACCAGAAGCCUACGCUCCGGAUGAGCGGCGACGAGAGGUUUUUGACGGCUACACUUUUGUCUUUUACGAAAGAAAACAAUAUGAGAACCUUCUCCCCGCCAUCACAACUGGGAAAGGCAAAGCCCAGCUCAUGGAGGUUACUCCGGGGGUUACAGACGUCGACGAAUUUGUUCGCUUUGUCAAGGGCCUCGCGGGCGAAAAGGGGUUGGGAUCGUUUGAGGACGGCAGCGAGGGCAAAGGGGUGGUUGUUGUGCGAUACACGCCAAAGGACGAGAAUCAGGAUUGGUUUGCUCAAUUCUUGACUGCGUUCGCCCAGCGCCUUGAUCACAGGCCAAUUGACCAGCGAGAGUUCCUCGAGGCUAUCCUCGCCUGUGACGCUUCCAUGCUUCGCCGUCCACUUGAAACGGCCACGGAGCCAGCCGCGGAGCCGGAGGCGGAACCGGUAGUACAACACGCGCAUGACCAAGGAGACCGAAUGGAAGUCGACCAGCCUCCGGCCGAGUCAGAAACGCCUCAAGAACCGACCAAGGAACAAGAGUCCGCCCCGGCACCGCCUAGGCCACGAGGUCGGAGGGCCGGACGCACCCGCUUCAGAGGCUUUGAUUUCGACGAUACAGAAUUUAUGGAGCAGACCCCGCCGAUAGAAGCGUCUGAGCCGCCUCAGGUAGCUGCAGCAUCGCAAGACAGCUUGUUUGUCUCCCAGUACCAGGAACCGAACCUGGCCGCGGACGAAGAAGUCCCUGCCCCGCGUCCGUCUCAGCGGUCACAGCACAAACGCGCGCUCUCGCCGCUGCCCGAAUAUGACAACUCGGCGUUGAUGGAAGAGAUCGCGCCGAGAGCAGCAGCCGCUAAACGCCGACGCAUCGAAUCCGGGGAGACUCCCGAGCCGCCGCCUCCUGCGCCUGAACCUGAGCCACAACCCGAGGAGGACGAGGAAAUGGCCACGGAAUCUCCGCAGGGAAAGCGAAAGAAGGGCCAAGCCGCGAAAGGAAAGGCAAAGAAGGCGAAGGAGGGCGAGGAUAUUCUCGAGCUCGCACGCCAACGCCGGGAAGAGGCCGAGGCCAAAGCAGCGGCCGAGCGCUUGGAACUUCAGGCAACCGAAGACGGGAUUGACUACGCCGCAAUCCGAGCGUUGCACAUUGUCGAGGAGUGCGAGGUUCAUCUCCCUGAGGAACGGGGUGGUACCAGCCGGACCCGUGAGCAGGACAUUGCCGACGGGCGCUGGGACCCGCGGUGGAACGGCCGCAAAAACUUCAAGCGGUUCCGCAAGCACGGUGAGGGGCCAGCCCGUCCGGCGGCGCGCAUCAUUAUCGGGCUGGAGGAGGUCAAGCCGAAGGAGUAUGGCAUCGGCGACGACUAUUGGCUCGAGGACGAAGGGAGUAGUCGCCGCAAAAAGGACAGCCAGCGCGGCGAAUCACAGAGCCAGCAGCGGGAACGAGAACCAUCGCAAGGCGGGUUGUCUGACGGCGGGACCGCCAAGGACAAGGGCAAGCAGAAGCCGGCGGCUCUGAGAAGGACUGUUUUGGUCGUUGACAGCAGUGACGAGGACGAGGGACGCAGCGAGGUCGGCACGGUGCAGGAAGACUCGGUGAUUCCCGACUCGGAACCGUCGCGGAGCCGGGCAGCGAAGAAUGCCGAGAUGGCGAACGCACGCCGCGGUCAGUCGCAGACUCAGACCCAAACGCAGAGCCAGGUGUCGACCAGGGCCAGCGGCAAACGCUCCGCCCCGGCGGCGGCGGCGACCGUGGAGAGAGCAGCCAAGAGGCCGCGAAAGGGGUUCAUGGCGGCGCCUUCAGAUGAUGAGAGUGAGGACAGCGAUGAUGAGCUCAAGUUUAGGUUCGGAAGGCGAAGAUAGGCAGGUGCAUGUCAGACGAACCUUGGGAGUGGCUUUGCGAAGCGAGCGGGCAUUGCUCAGUAACGUUAUAUGACUCGAAAUUUGCUAUGCUGAACAGAGAUGCGACCAAGUAU